CGGCACGUGUUACUUAUAUGGUAGACGCGAAUAGGUUCUCUCUCUUUCUCUCGUGAGAUUUGGUCACAGAAUGACCGAUUCGAUAAGUCGUUAUUCGCUUGCGGACGUCGCAAAGUGCAAUGGUAAGAAUGGAACAAGAAUCUGGAUCGUGAUUUACGACAACGUUUAUGAUGUGACGGAUUAUAUGCAACAGCAUCCCGGUGGUUCAGAAUUAAUCGAGGAACAUGCGGGAACAGACGCGACGAAUGGGUUCGAUGAUUUCGGGCAUUCUUCAGAUGCAAAGAAGAUGCUCAAAAAGUAUUUGAUUGGUGAACUUGAAGAUGAAGAUAAACGUAUCAAUAGAAAGAAGAAACUUGCUGUCUCUAACGGAAUAAAAGUGAACGGAACGGAGAUUAAACCGAAAAAACGAAGACCUUUUUUCAAGAGAAUCUGCGGCAAAUGUGCAUAAUGAAGAAUCGUAAAUAUCGAUGGUAUAAUUAUUUUAGAUAUAUAAGUUUAUUUAUUACGUCAUGUGUGUUACAUUUGCUAUCUAAAUAAGGCAUCGUUCGUGACAAUGUGCACGACGACAUAUUAACGAUAAGAAUCGUCGAGAUUAAACCGUUCGCUUAUCGCUCGUACGUGACGUACGUAUUGGAGAUCUAUAACAAUGAACAAGGAAAACCAACGGCAAAUUACGUCCGCAAGCAUGAGUCAUGCAUCAUCUGUUUAUCACAUUCACGAACACAGUUACAGUAAAUUCUCCAUGAAAUUUUCAGUGUUAAAUGUAACCUCAUUUCGUUAACAAAAUUUUGUGACUUGAGACCAACUCUAUUCCUUUGUAAGUUAAAUUAACUUAAGUAAGCUUCGGUUAAAUACUAUUUCAUGUUAUAGAUAGCAUACAAUUAAUAAAAUAUGUAUUCAUAAAAUUAUUGGGAAUGAUAUAACUGAAUUGUA